AUGCCUCUGUGGGCAGCUCAUAAGCAAGCAAGGCCCGAAGGAGGGCACAGCGGCCAGGGCCCGUGGACAGACCUGGACCCGGUGCUCAUCAUCAGAGGCCCUUCUUCGUGUCCUCAGGCGGCAACAUGCGAACGGGUCCUUUCCAGAGAAGCCAAUCGCCUGCGGCGGCUCCGCCUUCCGAGGCGCCAGCACUUUCCAGCGGCCGCGAAAGGUUCGUUGCGCUGGUCUCCGCCCCUGGCAGCGGUGAUUGGACGGAGACCGGGGAGGAGGCGGGGCGGAACAGAAGCCCCAUCGCUGUUGGCCGAGCGGCAUACCUGCCGUGUGGUGGGCGGGGCCCUGCCGCGGCGGCGGCUCCGUUUGAAGAAGCAGGCGAUGAUGGUGGACGCGUCGGAGCGGGAAGCGAUGAAGGUGAGGUUUCUGCAGGCUGACUUCAUAGAUGUGAGUGGCCAGGACGCCAUCUUGAUUCAGACAGUGGAGGAGCUGGAGAGCCAAAUGGCUGAUGUCAUGAGAAUGGCUGCAGCCGAGGACAAAUUUCAGCACCCGUCCCUGGCUCGGCGCCUGAUGCCAGCUGAAAGCCUUUCAGGAUCCACAACAGCACAGGCGGCUGGAGCUUGUGCAGGGCUUCCCAUCGGCCCCAUUCAUCUCCCUGGUGAUAGCAACGCAAGGAAAUCAAGCUGCUGCUGCUGCUGCUGCUGCUGCAGGUCUCCUCUGCUGGGACAGGAGAUGGAGCCAACGGAGCAGAGGGCUCUCUUGGCACCAAAGGAGCACCUUCUCUGUAUGCUGACGAGAGAGGCCAGGGCCAGCCAGGAGAAGGUGGGAGCAGAGGUACUGGAGAAGGAGGCUAAAAUCCAAGAACUUCAAGAGACCAUCACAAAUCUUCACAAUGAAAUCUCCCAGAAAGAUUUGGAGGUGGCAUGCCAUCUGCAGGAGAAGCACCUCCUGGGGACUCAGCUGAACUUCCUGCUGCAGAGGGGCAGCAGUGCUUCAACAACUGGCUCCCUUCAUGAGAAAUGCCUCUUCUCAUCCAGGUCCGCCAAGCACCUGAGCCUGGAGGAGCAGCAGGCUGCACAUACCGAGAGGCUUUGGAGCCAGCUCCUGUGUGGGCAGGAUGAGAGAGACCGCCUGGCAGACCAGCUGGAUGCUCAGGAGCAGAAGAUCUGUCAGCUGCAGACCAAGCGGAGGGAGGCGCAGGCAGAGCCGGAGCAGAGAUGCAGCCGCGUCCUGCAGCUGGAGCGAGAGCUGGACGCCAGCAGCCAGCAGCCCCAGGAGUCCUGGGAGCAGGGAGAAAGAGCAACUGUUCAACUGUCCGCAGCAGAAGCAGAGGUGGUUGCCCUGAGAAGCAAGUACAGCUUGGCCCUCUCAGAGACUGCGGAGCAGAGCGAGGCAUUGCACAGGCUCCAGGAAACCCACCGCGUCCUGCAGCAGCAAAUGGCAGAGCAGGAAGGCCUCGUCCGCCGGCUGGAGGGCCACGUGCAGGAGCAGCAGGAGGGCCUGCAGAGGGCCAGAGCGCAGGUGGCUGAACACAGACAGGCUGUGCAGGAGGUGGAGAUGGAGCGAGCCCAGCUGGAAGAGGAGGCAGGCCUGGUGCUGGAGAGAGAGCAGGGCCAGAUCUGGCAACAAAAGCAGCAGAUGGCAGAUCUGGCAAGAGCUGUGGCUGAGGCCCAGGCAGCAGAGCAGCAGGUGCAGCAGUACAAGGACACCGUUCGGCAGCUGCAGGAAGACUUGGCAACCUCUCGAGCUUCCCAGGCUGCAACCGAGUCCAGAGUCCUCAGCAAGGAGGAAGAGAUGCAGAAGCUGCAGCGGAGAGGGCCCCUGGUGCAGCAGCAGCAGCAGCUGAUGAUGCUGCGGAGUGAGGUGGACCGACAGAAGGCACUGCUGAGCACAGAGCAGCAUGCGUCCCGCAUCCUCCAGGAGGAGCUGCAGAGGAGAGGUCAGGAGCUGAGCACCCUGAGGACGGCUGUGCAGGAGCAAGAGGCGUGCCGGAGGGAGGCCGAUGCGCAGCUGCAGCAGCACAAAGCGGAGUCGGCGCAGAGGGAGGGUGACUUGCGGGCAGCGCAGGACCAGCUCUUCCGAUGCCAAGAGCAGCUCUCUGAAGCACAGGCCGAGCACCAGCAACUGGCCCACCACAUGGCAGCAGUGCUGGCGGAGCAGCAGGAGGUGGACGCCCGUGAGCAGACCAUUGCGAAGCUCCAGGGAUGCCUGAAAGCCACUGAGGAGGAGCAGGCACGAGUGAAGGAUGAGCUUGCUGGGAAGGAGGCUGAAGUGAAUCACCUGAGGGGGCAGGUCCACCACCUGCAGGGCAAGCUGAGGAGCCUGUGGGACUCUUGCGCAGAGCAGGAGAAAAGCAUGGUGGAGCAGACGCGCCUCAUCCAGCAGCUCCAGCGCCAGGAGGAGGCCUCCCUGAGCCAGGCCGAAAUGGACCAACUCCAGGGCAAGCUGCAGCGGCUGCAGCAGGAGCUGGACGUCUGCAAGGGGCGCAACCAGGAGAACCUCAGCAAGCUGCAGGCUCGUGAGUGCACGAUGGAGAAGCAGGGCCUGGAGCUGGACCUGCUGCUGCAGCAGUGCCAGCUCCUCAAGGAGCAGCUCUUCUACUACGAGGAAGUGGCUGAGAAGCAGGAAGGAGAGCUCUCCCGCCAGAGCGAGCGGGAGCGGUACCUGCAGGAGCAGCUGGGCCAGGCGGAGAGCAGCGCCACCCUCCUGGAGACCAGCCUGGAGCUCUACAAGAAGAAGUUCCAGGCCUCCCUGGGCAGGGCCGGAGAGCUGGAGAGCCAGCUGCAGCGCCUGGAGGAGGAAGCCAGCACCCAGGUGAAGGGAAGGGACGGCGCCAUCUUCAGGCUGCAAGCAGAACAGCUGGUCCUGCAGGAGGAGCUGCAAAGCAAGUGCCGCCAAGCCAGCCGGGCAGAAGACGCCCUCGCGCAGAUGGCCCAGGAGUUGCGCCACACCCAAGAGGAGCUGGGCCAGGGCCGGCAGCUCACCGGCCAGUGCAAGGAGACCAUCCAGGAGCUGCAGGAGCAGCUGGCAGCCACCUGUACCAAGCUCCUAGACCAAGAGGCGGUGCUGGCAGCGGUGCACAGGGACUUUGCUUCCUACAAGGCCACGCACAGCUGCUCCAACGGCAGCUACGAAAGCCAUAGAGUCAGCACAGAGACCCUCAGGCAGAAGCUGCUGGAAGCGGAAGACAAGUGCUCGGAGCAUCGGCGGCAGGCAGAGGACUACCAGGGCCUGGUGCAGGACUUGAAGCUGGAGCUGGUGAGGGUGGCUGAGCAGAGGAACAGCGCCCUGAAAGACACGGCUCGCCUGGAGCUGCGCCUGCAGAGCCUGCGUCAGGAAGGGGCUGCCGAGAAGGAGAGGCAGCAGCUGGAGGGGGCCGCCCAGCAGCAACGAGGCCAGCAGCUGGAGCUGGAGCUGGAGCAGAGCCGCCAGCUGGGGGCUCAGAAGGAGCAGGCCAUCCAGAAGCGAGACGUGCUGCUGCGCAAGUCGCAGGCCGAGAUGGUGCGUGCCCGCAGUGCCCUGCAGGAGAAGGGCCAGGAGGCAGAGCGGCAUCGGGCCCGGGCCCGUCACCUGGAAGCCAGCCUGCAGGAGGCACAGCGAGAGCUGGAGCAGAGCAGAGCGGAGGGUGCCGCGCUGAGCACUGAGGCCCAGACCCUGCGGCAAAGCUUGCAUGAGAGCCAGGAGCAGCACCAGCAAGCUGCCCAGGGACUGGUGCAGCAGGAAGAGCUGGUGCUGUUGGCCCAAAGCAGCCUGCGCAGCGCCCAGGAGCAGCUGAGCGAGCGCCUCGCCGAGCUCAUGCGCGAGACACAGGCUGGCCGCCGGCUGGAGGCACAGGUCCGGGUCCUCAACGAAAGGGUGUCUGCGGCUGAAGCGGAGUCGGAGCAGAAAAGAGAGCUGUUGGAGCAGCUGACGGAAGAGCUGAGCCAGUGCAAGCAGCGGCACCAGGCAGCCCUGGAAGAGGCCCAACAGCACUGCCAGGCAGCGUCCCAGCUAGAGCAGAAGCUGCAGAGCAGCCGGGAGGGACUGAAGCACUUGCAGCAGCAGGUGCAGGGGCAUGAGUCGGUGCUGGAGGGACUGCGUGCAGAGCUGAGGCAGCAGCAGCACCUGGAGGAGGAUCUGCGGAGGGAGCUGCAAAGGGCCAAGGAGCGGGAGAGCCAGCUGGCCCUCGGACGCAAAGACCUGCAGCAUCGCCUCCAGAGCAGCCAGUGCAGGUUGCAGGAGGAGGAGUGGAAAGGCCAGAGCCUGCAGUCCUGCCUGGCACAGCGGGAGGCGGAGAACAGGACCCUGCGAGAGCAGCUGAAGCAACACGUGGCCGGACUUGAGGAGCUCCGCAGCAGCUGUGGACACGCCCAGUUGCAGCUGCAGCAGGAGACAGCAGAGGUGUUGCGACAGGAGGCAGCCCUCUCCCAGCUGCACGCAGAGCUGCACGCUGCCCAGCAGAGGGAGCAGCAGAGCGGCCACACCCUGGCUGCAGCCAAGAGCAUUGCCCAGGACCUCCGGGUGCAGGCCGCAUCCUGCCAGGCCAGCCAGAGGGAGGCAGUGGAGCAGCUGGAGCAGAGGGCGCGGGAGGUCUCCUGCCUGCAGGCGGAGCUUCAGCUGGCGCAGCACAGAGCGGCCCACCUGGAGGAAGAGCUUGCUGGCUCCCAAGAGCAGCAGCAGCAGCUGCUGGCCAAGCAGAAGGCACAGGAGCAGAAGCAGGCCUGCACCUCCGAGGAGCAGCUGAGCACGCUGGGCAGCCAAGUGCAGCACUGGCAGCGGGAGCACCAGUUGGCUGCGCAGGCUCUGGCGGAGGAGGAGGAGGAGCUGGUGGUCAUGAAGGUGGAGCUGGCGGCGCUGGAGGAGAAGUGCCACCGGGCAGCGGAGGAGAGAGAAGACCUGCAGGACGAAGCCAACCUCCUCCGGCAGAAGUUUGUGGUCUCCAGCCGGGAGGUGGAAUCCCUGCAGACCUCCUUGGAGGCGGCACGUGCAGACAGCCACCGCCUGCACCACGAGAGUGAAUUGGUGGUGGCCAACGUCAGCCAGUGGGUGAAGGAGCAGAAGCAGGUGAACGAGAAGUUGGGCCACAAGAUCCGGGACCAAAUCAAACAAAUUGCUCAGCUGACAGGCGAGAGGGACCAUCUCCAUGGGCUCAUGAAGAGACUCCAGCAAGAGAACAAGCACUUGAAAAACGAAGUGGAUGAGCGGCGUAUUGAGUGUGAGCGCCUGAAGGCUUUCCACAGCUGUGAUCUGGUACUGCAACAGCCUUGGCCAACGCUCCCAGUGGAUGACUCUCACAGCUUGAGCCAGAGGCGAAGCACAGUGCUGGCUACAAAGUGGAACCUGUCCUAGCCUGUCCACGGCUGCUGGACACCUGUUCUUCGCCACACAUGCCGGGGAGACCCUCCCUUGCAGAGGGCACACCUUGGCACCUGCUGCGCCGGGCUCCAGCAGAAGAAUGGGCAGGGACCUGCAAUAUACUAAUCAUGGGACUUGCAAGACGAAGGAGGUGAAAAAGACAAAAACAACUUGUGUGCGCACAAAGCUAAUAAAUGGGGAAGUGCUCAACCACUUUUCCCCAAAAGCCA